AUGUCACCUACUUUAUCGCAAAAGUAUUUGAGCACCCGCGGUGCGGAGUACGGCUUGAGUUUCGAGGAUGUCGUCUUGCAGGGUUUAGCCAAGGACGGUGGCCUCUUUAUUCCCGAGGAGAUUCCCUCUCUUCCUGACUCGUGGGAGACCGAGUGGGCUGAUCUCAGCUUCGAGGAAUUGGCUUUCCGUCUCCAGAGCAACUUCAUUUCCGAGUCCGAGAUCCCCUCCGACGACCUGCGCGAUAUCAUCAACCGAUCCUACGCUACCUUCCACCACCCCCAACGUACCCCGCUCGUCGAUCUCGAUGGCGAAAAUAAACUCCACCUCCUCGAACUCUUCCACGGUCAAACACGGGCGUUCAAGGAUGUCGCAUUAGCCUACCUGGGCAACCUUUUCGAAUAUUUCCUUGUGCGCAAGAACGAGGGCAAGACUGGAAAGGACCGAUUGCAUCUCACUGUUGUCGGAGCUACAAGUGGUGACACUGGUAGUGCCGCUAUCUCAGGUCUUCGCGGAAAGAAGGAUUGCUCCGUCUUCAUUCUGUUCCCCGAGGGCCGCACAUCCCCCAUUCAGAGACUUCAAAUGAUCACUGUUUGCGAUGCCAACGUUCACAACCUGGCUGUCCAGGGAACCUUCGAUAACUGCCAAGAUACGGUCAAGGCUCUGUUUGCCGACCCUAAGAUGAACGCCGAGCACCACCUUGCCGCCGUCAACUCUAUUAAUUGGGCCCGUAUCCUCGCCCAGAUCACCUACUACUUCUACGCAUACUUCCAGCUCAAGAAGAGCCCCGGCUAUAAUAAGGAGAAGCUCCGCAUUGUGGUGCCCUCCGGCAACUUCGGCGAUAUCCUCGCUGGUUGGUUCGCCAAGCAGAUGGGUCUCCCCGCCGACAAGCUCGUCAUUGCAACCAACGAGAACGAUAUUCUGGACCGCUUCUUCCGCAGCGACGGCCACUACACCAAGAAGGCUAUCGGUGCGCCUGCCGAUGCCGAGGAUGUCAAGGAGACACACAGCCCCGCCAUGGAUAUUCUCGUCAGCAGCAACUUCGAGCGUCUCCUCUGGUUCCUCGCCUACCAGACUAACAACGGUAGCACUGCCGAGGAGCGCCGCGGACACGCCUGCGAAAACGUCAGCUCGUGGCUUAACGACCUUAAGUCUAAGGGUGGUUUCCAGGUUCCCAGUGCUGUCCUCGAGGCUGCCAAGGCUGAGUUCGAGAGUGAGCGUGUUAGUAACGAUGAGACCAUCUCUACUAUCCGCGACACCUUCACCACUUGCUUCCCCACCAACACUGGCGAGAGCUCCCCCAAGAGCACCAAGACCGGUGGUUACGUUCUUGAUCCCCACACUGCUGUGGGUAUUGCUGCUUCGCGCCGCUCUAUCCAGCGUAAUCCGGGUGUUCACCAUAUCUCUCUUUCUACCGCUCACCCGGCCAAAUUCGCUGAUGCCGUUGACCUGGCUCUGAGUGGUAAGGAGGGCUACAGCUUCAAGGAGAUCCUUCCUGAGGACUUCAUUGGUCUUGAGAAGCGCGAGACGAGAGUUACUGAUGUUCCUGCUGGUACUACCUGGGAGGGCAUCCGUGAUCUUGUUAUUGCAGAGGUUGACCAGGAGCUGCAGGGCCAGCGUUAA